AUUGCUGCUGGAGAGUCUGCCGUGGAGAGAAAGGCCUCCCGUCCGCUGCCACCCUGGCGCUGCGCUGCAUGGAUGGCGUUUUCCUCUCGCCCAACGAGGAUGAGUUCGUGGGCAGGAUCGUGGAGGAGCUGGAGCACUUCAUGCUGCAGGGGCAGCACCACAGAGUGCUCCUGUUCCCCCCGCUGUCCAGUCGCCUCAGGUACCUGAUCCACCGGACCGUGGACAAUGUGGAUUUGUUGAGCAGCUUCUCUGUGGGAGAAGGAUGGAGGAGGAGGACGGUCAUCUGUCACUCGGCCAUAAGGCUGCCCACCGAGACUAGCGACCAAAAACCCAGCAGCAACCCGCCGAGACCGCACCGACCUCCGCAGCCGUGGGGCCGGGGGAGCCGAGGCGGCAGGCUGCGGCACGGCGGGGAGACGCACGGAGACAACUCUCGAGCCUGCGUGGGGUCUGGCAGGAUAAAAAGGCCGCCUAGGAAGAAACCAGACAAAGCCCUGUAUAUCCCCAAGGCGAUGCGUAAGAAGGCAGAAUGGGGGGAGCAGGAGAGCGCGGUGGCAGCUGGCACCGAGUCAGGUGGGGAUAUGGCACAAGAGGAGGAGAUCUGCCCGAAAGCUUCAGUCGGGGACGCCCAGGAGGAACCGGGCAAGUCUGAAGGCAGCCCCGAUGCUGUCUCCUUGGCCCCUGGCAAGCAACAGGAGCCUGGCGAAGAGUGUGCUUCAGGAAAAAAUAAUGACGACACAAACGAUGAACGUCCUCCGUGUUGUACGGAUGUCCUGUCGUUAGAGAAUAGUAACGAUUUCUCCGGGCAGGAAAGUCAGGAUAAAGACAGUUCAGAUUCCCUUUCUUCUGUACACAAUAAAAACCCCGUUGAAGCAGAAGAGCAAGAUUUGAGCUGCGACAACACUAUUAUACCAGAAGGUAGCAAAAUCCUGUGCCAACUGCAAGCUGAAGACCAAAACAGCCGGAAUGCCGGUGUAUUGGAGUGCGGCGAAAACUCCUCCCUAUCAGAAAGUCGCAGCGGUAACUGCUGUACAGACCCGGCUGUAGCAGAGUCGAAUGCAGUGUCGCUGGUGCUGGAAAACCAAGAUAAGAGCUGCGCUGCUGCCAAGAGCCUGGAGAGCAGCGGAAACAUGUCACCGCCUGAAGAACAGGGCAAGCACUCAGUGAAUGCCGGCGUGCUGGAGGGAGGCAAGAGUUUCUCCGAACUGGAAAGCCAAGAUCAAGAGUGCCCCGGCGUUGCCCGGGUGGAGCACACCCAAUGCCAGAACCCCCCAGAAGCCCGAAAUGAGCCUCUGGUCGCACGUGAGCCGGGCCGUGGUGCCGACCCGUCGGCUCCUGAGGACCAGAACGAGCUCUGGGUGGAUGCUCCCGUGCAGAACCGCAGCGGGAAGGUGCCCGUGGCAGAAGAGGAGGACCAGGAGCGUUCGGGCUUGGCCGAUGCGCUGUGGCGUGAGCUGCAUUUGUCCGCGGGCGAUAAAGAGGAGAGCGCGGCCGUCCGCGGGCAGAGCAGCCUCGAGGACGACUGUACCGCAGAGCUCUUUGCAGAGAUUGUGGGUUAUUUAACCGUGAAGGAUAUAAGCAUCGAGAAGAUCAGCUUUGAUUAUUCCAGCUACGGAGAUGCCCAGGUCAGCGAGGGGGAUUUUGGCCACGUAACUGAAAUCUAUGACUUCUCCCCGUCGCUGAAAACGGAGCACCUGUUAGAAGUGUUCUCGGAUUUCCACGAGAGCGGUUUCAAAAUCCAGUGGGUCGACGACACGCACGCCCUGGGAAUCUUCUCCAGCCUGUCCGCAGCGUCUCAAGCCCUGGGGCGACGUUAUCCUUCUUUAAAGAUCCGACCAUUGAUCCACGCAACAAAGCAGUCUAAAAUCAAGGCACUUCAGCGACCAAAGCUCCUUCACCUUGCAAAAGAAAGACCCCAGACUGACACUGCAGUGGCGAAGAGGCUGGUGACCCGGGCUUUGGGUUUGAAGCACAAGCAGCAGGACGUCUCAGGCACUGAAGUGCUCCUGCCGGAAAGCUUGGACCAGGAGGAAUAAACCAUCUCAGCUAAAAAAAGAUGUAUAGAUGAGCAUGGCUGUGAUAUUAAACUGCAUGCAGAACAGUGA